CAACCUCGACGUCGCCUCUGCAAGCACACAUGCCGCAUCAGCUGCUCCCCGGCCGCGUCGACUUUGGCCUCUACUCCUGACGACGAGUAAUCACAAGACGCACACGACACCAACUGUAGCCGCCAUGUCGGCGACCGGGCCAGUCCCAGGCCAACCCAGCGCCCCAGGUGCCGCCGCCGACCAGUUCACACCCGGCGCCGUCCCGACCUCGCCCUCGGUGUCCACCUCUCCGCCGACCCGUGUCAUCCAGAACCAGUUGUCUUUCGAAACCAUCUCCGACUCGAGCGACGAGGGUCUACAUGUGCGCAUGAGCCCUGCCGCCGCCCGGAGGUUUGCCCGCCGCAACCUUCGCCACGCUUCUGCCACGCCCGAUCUCGUCACGAGCCUCGUGCGCCCGCCGUCGCCCGACACGCUCUACAUUGCCCCCGAGGUUCACGGCCGUGUGCGUCAUGGCGCGCUGGCUCGGGCUCUGUCCACUUCUUCGCCGUUGUUGGUGUCUGCCCGCGCGCCCAACGGAGCCUCUGACCGACGCUCCGGUCCUCUGCUUCCUCCCCACCAGUCCUCCCUCGACAUCCCCGCAAAGUACGGCGGCGAGUCCGUCUUCGACAUGUACGGCCUCUCGUACGUAUCUGAACCGGAUACGAACCUGCUAUGCCCCAUAUGUCACGACCCCCUCGUCGAUCCCGUUACUACGCCGUGCGAUCAUACAUUCUGUUACCGGUGCUUGCGCAGGAGCAUCUCUUCGAGUCCCUCCGGAUCCGCCUGCCCCAUUGACCGCGAUCUCAUUUGCUGGCUUGAUUGCUUCAGCGCUGCAAGACUGAUCCGCACCCAGCUUAACUCCUUGAUCGUCAAAUGUCCGUUCCAGGGGAGGGGUUGCACUAAGGAGGUGAGGCGGGAGGUGGUCGAGCGUCACGCUACCACCGAGUGCCGGUACAGGGAGUUCUCGUGUCCGGAUAUGACCUGCGACAAGAAGAUGCGACACAAACCCAGGGACGACGAGUGCCCUCACCGCCAGAUCAGCUGUUCGGAUUGUGAGGCUGAGAUGGAGCACGAGGACCGCGAACUUCAUCUCAUGUCGUGUCCCAAGGCCAAGACUCGGUGCCAAGGCUGCUGGCAGCUCGUGGUCCGGUCCCAAAUGGACACGCAUAGCGACACCGAGUGCGAUGGCGUCGAGGUUGCAUGUCCAUACGAGGAUCUCGGGUGCCCGGUACGCGCCAUCCGCGGAGAGAUUGGCGCGCACAAGCUUGGCUGCCCCUUCCACCCUGACACGGCGUCGGGUAUUGUCAUCAGGAAUCAAAGACAGGUGAUCCAAUCCUACAACGAGCUCGGCAGCCAGUUACGGGACAUGCAGACUAGGCAGGACGACACCAACCGUCGCAUCGACGAGCUUACGUCGUCGAUGAACCGGCGCGGCGGCGGCGGCGGCGGCGGCAACGGUAGCGAGUCUGUCCUGAGCGACAGCCGUACCAUGCAGGACCUCGAUGCGGGCUUCGAAGAGGUGCACCAGAAUCUGACGCACCUCGAGGCUCGUCAAAGCAUGUGGACCCUAAAUCAGGUGAUGCCCAUCCGAGAAGAGGUGACGGAGUUGCGCAACAAUAUCAAUAUGAUCCGGAUGCAUGUCAACUGGCUGCUCAACAGGAGCCGGGAGGAGGGCCGCAUUCGAGCCGCCAAUAACACGGGCGCGUCGACGACGAUUCGACGGGACAGCUCUGGCAACGCGGGCCCGUUGCUGCCGGAACGAAGACGGUCCUCUGGGGCGGAGACGGACCUUCCGCGGCUAUGAGACAUGAAACAAAUGAACAACAAACCAUGUAAAAUGAAGAAAUGAACACAAAAGAGGGACCUGGGAUCAUCAUUGUCGUGCGGCGUUUGGCGCCGGAUACCCUCAUGUCAAGGUACAUUGCGUACAUAUCGCGGGCGAUGACACUUGGACAUGCAGCAAAUGUGUAAAGGGGGUUUGUUCUUACUUGAGUAAUGAUGAACGAAAAUAUGUCCGGAAAGUCGGAUAGAGCCGCGGGGAUAGACCACGGCGGUGCGGAGGUGUUGGCGGCCAGCCCGUAUAUCGGAGAACUGAAAGAGGCGGACUUUGGCUGAGUCCCCGGACCCUACGAGCGGAGUUUGAGGAUACGGUACGGUACGGUACGGGGUAUCAGGGCCUUUAGACUAUU